UAAAACUCAUCAAUGUGUCUUAAAAUUUGGAGAGCGGCUGCGAGUAACGACUUUAGCAAUAGCAACCUCAGAGCGGUUGAAGCUAUCCUGAGGACUGAGGAGGAUUUGGAAGAAUGGCCAUGGCAGCAAUGGCAAGACCAUCCUCAAUUGUAAUGCUAACAGUAAAAAGACAAAGACCCAGGUGGGUCUUUACUCCUCUGGCUCUGUCUCUGUCAUCUUCUUCCCCUACUCCAUCUAGAAAACUCAUUCUCUACUCAAAGCCUGGUUGUUGUUUGUGUGAUGGUCUCAAAGAAAAACUCCAAGCUGCUUUCUUAAUCUCCGGCCCUGAUUCCCUUCACGAUGUUGAUUUACAGAUAAGGGACAUCACUAGCAAUCCUGAGUGGGAAAGGGCUUACCAGUAUGAGAUACCUGUGUUGGCCAAAGUGCGUCCUGACGGCACUGAGACCCUUUCAACUGAAGUAUCCUCAACUGUUCCAUGCAAGGAGAAAGUUUAUCCUAACAGGCUCAAGAACAUGAACAAAGGCAACACAACCCAAUAUGCAAGGAGUGAGUGGACAGGGUGAGCGGCACACAUAAACUACCAACCUUGGAAGGGCUUGAAUUCAUCCGUUGUACUCCCCACUUUAUUUCAACUGCCAUAACAUAUACUACUAAAUCACUGCCUUGCGCAUAGGUUGUAGAUGCACCAGUCAUUAGAAACAUUGAUCCAUUAUCAACCUCAUAUUGAUAACAUGGGUGAUCAUCAAUUUACUGUAAGAGGACUCGUAUAGGUUUUUUUGAUCUGUUUGUUGCUUUGCUUCAAUGCAGCAGGAGGACUAUGUUGCAAUAUCUUCUACAAUAUCUUGCAUUUCAUCAAUUCUCUUUUUCUUCUUCAUCUUUUUUUUAUUUUUUUCAUCUUCAUUCUUAUCACCCUUGCUUUCCUAGUCCUUUCAAUUUUCAGAGGUGAGAAUGAAGUUUUGUUUGAGUUUUAUAUGAUUCAACCUUCCUUGAGGUUUAUAGCAGAGGAAACCUUAGGUAUGAUGCCUAGAAUUUUUGCUUUUUUUUUUCAUCAUCCUUAAAUUUCUAACAACUUAAACCUUACAAUCACACAUUGAUUUAUUACUUCUUCUUUUUUGAUAAGUAACAAAAUUUUAUUGAUAAAAAAGGAAACACUUGUGUACACUAGGGGCGUACUCAGGGAGUAAUACAAUUAAUUUUUCAAAUUACAAUGCUCAAGCAUAUCUAAUAAAUUAGAACACGGAAGAGAUUUAAAAGCAACACUCCAACCCAAUAAAGUUUGAAAAAAAAGAGAUUUAAUCUCAAGAAGAGACCGUUUACAUCCCUCAUCGCAUCUCGCAUUCCAUUCCCACCAAAGACACCGCAUAAUGUAAUGCGACACAACCCUUCAAAAAAGCUAUAUUCGGUGUCUACCAAAGGUACCUUGCCAAGCUGCUAACAAAUCAAGCACCCUCUGUGGCAUAAUCCAAAGAAGACCAAUCAAACUCCACACCCUUUUUCAUAACUCAUACGCUAUGGGACAAUAAAGAAGAAGAUGGUCCACCAACUCCCCACUCUGUUUACACAUAUAGCACCAUUUUUCAACAAUAAUACCUCUCUUCUGUAAAUUAUUAGAAGACAAAAUCUUCCUUAAGGCAGCAGCCAGCAGUCCAUGAAAAGAAAGCUUCUUUAGGAGGAACCUUUGAUCAUCACACCAACUUCCAAGGAAAUGACCUGCCAAUAGUCAAGGAAAUGGAAAGGUAGUAUCCACGCACCUCAAAACCCUGAUUCUUUGCUGGCUUGAUUUGUAACCUUUAAAACCCUAAAAUCCAAUACUUCGAUACACUAGACCACGCAUCCAUCAAAUAGACCUAAAUAACCCACAAACAACCAAAUAAUUUUUCGCAAGUUACUUUUCACAGCCUAGGAACAACAACCCAAAUCUAGGUUUUCCCCAUUAUUUAAUCCACAAAUCUUACCAUUACUUUUCCCUAUUAGAAAAUCUAUACUUCCUUGAUUUUUUCAGUCCUUUUUUAUGAAGGAACUUAGAAAUUCAGCAUUGUAUUAGGGUUCUUGAUAAGAUCUUGAAGGGUUCUUGUAUGGUGUUUGAUUUUUAUGGUUUUAAGUAGGUUAAGUAAUAAAAAUAUUGGAUCUUAAAUGUGUUUGAUGGUUGUUUGGAGUUAAACAAGUAAUAGGAUGAGAAACCAAGAAAUAUAAAACUUAGGAAAUCACACAUAGGUUUUCUAAGCAGUCACAAGGGUUAUAGGAUCUUUUCAACAAAGUGAACAAAUCUACAAUAUCUAAGUCUAAACAGAGAGCUGAAUUUCAAGGCAUGCUAAAAAGCUAGAACAGCCUGUUGUAAUGUUUGAACAAGAAGAAAAUUGAGAAGAAAAUUCCAAACAGGUGUGCAAACAUCUAAAAAGAGCAUGAAGAUGAGUCCAAACAACAAGCUACAAGUUUAAAAAUGAAGAACCUAAAAUUUCCAUUAUAACAACAAAAGCUACCAUACCAGCAAUUGACCAGCUUAGAGAAAUCAGAAAUGCCUAGAGUUCUAGCUUAGUUGUCCAAGGAGUGCCCUGAUUUCUCUUUGAAAGAUCUAAUGAAGUCCUUACGUCCUAUGCAUGACUACUCCACUGAUUUUGCCAAAGAUACAAGUUGUUUGGUGAUAACAUAGGACAUGUGAUGCGGGAGACGCAAGAAGAUUAUUAUUUAGUAUUAUUUAUGUUUGCAAGUCAAUUGUAUUUUUAUGUUUUAGGUCCUAUUAGUUUAUUGGGCUAUUAGUAUUUUAAUUUGGAAGCAAGGCUAUUUUUGUAAUAAGGCAAUUAGGGUUUCCUAGCCAAUUAGAACUAGGGUUUAGCAAUCCUUUAUAAGCAACCUAUUGUACUCGUUAAGGAGAUAGUUGAGAUUUUGAUGAAUGAAAAAAUGGCCGUUUGGUUUUUCUUUGGUCUGGUGCUGACUCCAGGUCUACCCUAGGUUCUGACUCCAAGUAAGGCCUAAGUGCUGACUCCUAGGUCAUAUAUCUUUAUUUUAUUGUUGUUUCAAUUUUGUUCUGAUUGUCCUGCAUCAGUUUUGGUAUCAGAGCAGACACCGAUCUGUUGAAGUAUCACCGCAAGAAAGAAUCAAAAAAAUCACACACCCAAAAAAAAAAAAAAAAUCCUUUGCUGUCAUUAUUUUCCACCCAUCAGAACACCACCGCACCACACUACAGUAACCCAGAUUUCAAACCAAACAUAGAAUCUACCAAAUUCACAGACCCAACGUGAAUCACCAAUCCCUCCUUCCUCAAGCCAUAUCACCACUAUUAACAUAAACAACCUAGCCACACCAAGAGCCCAACCCUUUGCAACCACGAAGACAGAGAAGAAGCCCUGUUACCGCUGACCCGGAUUGUCAAUUUUGCCCUUCCUCGUGACGGCGAUCCACCUCCAUCGGUUCCUGCUUGCCACUGUGACUACCACUAUACACACUCACAAGCCCCAAUUGCAGCAACCCACCAUGAGCACCUUCCAUCCCUGCCUUUUGCCACCAUGACCUUCACUUGCUCACUACCGUUCCACCGCAAGUACCCCAUCAACCCGAUCUCAAAGGUAACCCGGUACAGCCCCCUCUGUGUUAUCCACUUCCUUUAGCCAAAAAAAAAAAAAAAUUCUAACCAACCCAUUUUAGAAGCAACCCCUUGCCCGACCCAUUUGUUAACAAGCCCAAAGCCCACAUUUUACAACACCAGUUUUCUUUUUUUUAAAAAAAAAAUAUACAAGACCCAGCCCACGAAAUCCAACCUGUCAACCAGCCCAGUCCCAGCAACUAUUUGAGAGAAUAGUCUUAGAAGCCUAUUCCAAAUAUCUGUCCAGAGAACAUCACAGCAACCCAAGUUCUUGUUCCAACUUCCAACUAUUUGUUGAAGCACUAUUUUAGAGAAUUAUGGUAAUAUCCGAAGCACCUUAUUUUGAUGGUUGUAAAACUAAUCCACAGGAUUUUGUCUACUGGAUGAAUGGGAUUGAGCAAUUCUUUGAGCAAGCUAAUUUUGUAGAUAACAAAAAGGUUAGGUAUGCAAAGUUGAAGUUAAGUGGUGGAGCACAAAUGUUUUGGAAGAAUCUUGAAUAUUUCCGCUAUCUAAAUUAUGAACCUACCAUUAGUGUGUGGGAAGAUAUGAAAGAAAAGCUUUGUGAUGAGUAUUUUCCACCAUACUUUCGAGCUAAGUAUCUAUCACAAUCUCAGUGUGGUACUUUCAAGUUAAAGCAAAUAGAAUGAAUUCUCAUCCCAUUUCAUGUCCUCAGUGCACUUUUGAACAAUCUAUCAAGAAAUUAUUUGUAAAGCUCAUGAAAGAUGUUCAAGAUAGGAUUGCUCAGAUGAAGCAAAAGAAGACUCAAACCGAUUCAAUUGGAAAACCAAGGAUACUUGAUCACAAUGAACUUGUUGCUGCCCCAAUAGAAGACAACAUUGAUGAUGAUAUCUUGGUCGUGGAGAAUCCUCCAGCAACACCAAAGCCUAAUGUUGACAUAGACGUACAUGCCUCGACAAGUGCUGCUUUAACAUACGUCCAAGGAAAUGAAUCUAUUAAAGAGCAGCAAGGUGAAGAGAUGGUGCCUAAAGAGAGUAUUAUGUUAGAGGGUGCACAUGAUGUGAUAUUGGAAGUUAAUGAAUCUGCUUUUGAUCAAACUUUCCAUGGUGCAUGAAGACAAACAGUUUGCUAAAGUGAAGAAAGUGGAUAACAUAGUGCUUUCAAUGGUUCAAGAUAAGAUUAUGUUGAUUCCACACAUUGAUUUUGUUAUUCCAGAAGAGUUUGACAUGGUGGAAUUCAAGGUUUUUCUUUUCUCUAUGCUCCCUAGGGUGAUUCUAGACUUGAAGCAAGUGUUACUUGUCAGCAGCCUAAUCCUUCAACGCUUUAGAACUCGAGGUCGAGUUUUCUCCAACCAAAGGAGAAUGAUGCGGAAGACGCAAGAAGAUUAUUAUUUAGUAUUAUUUAUGUUUGCAAGUCAAUUGUAUUUUUAUGUUUUAGGUCCUAUUAGUUUAUUGGGCUAUUAGUAUUUUAAUUUGGAAGCAAGGUUAUUUUUGUAAUAAGGCAAUUAGAGUUUCCUAGCCAAUUAGAACUAGGGUUUAGCAAUCCUUUAUAAGCAACCUAUUGUACUCAUUGAGGAGAUAGUUGAUAUUUUGAUGAAUGAAAAAAUGGUCGUUUGGUCUUUC